AUGAGCGAGGAGGACUUUAAGAGCUACAAGCGCGCUAUAAUUAAUAAGAGGCUGGCGAAACUAGAGAGCUUGUCGUCUGAAGCUAACAGGUUCUGGAAUUAUAUUUAUAGUGAUUCGUAUGAUUUCCUGCAAGCUAACGUUAACGCCGCGACUCUUAAGAAGCUUACAAAGAAGGAUGUGGUCGACUUCUACAUGCAUCUCCUAGCACAGGCUAAGGCAAAUAAGUCUUCCCUUAGUAAGAAGAAGGCUGCCGCUACUGCUGCGUUCAAGAUUAUCCUCGCUGAACACAAGAUCGCAGCCAACGACGAGGCUUUUCAGACCUGCACUAAAGACGCGUCGUCUAACGAAGCUGCCUUAGAUGCUGUUGCUAGCUAUCUUACUAACAACCUUAGGAUAGAGAAGGGAGUUGCUAACAAGGUCCUUAAUGAAGCCAAGGCUAAGCUAGGUGUCGCAGACUCUGGUCUUCGAGCUGCUCCGCAGGCUCUCGAUGUAUCGCAACUAGUUCUUAUCAAGAAUGUACACGCCUAG